GUAGAAGGCAACCGGAUACCGCAGGUUCUUAGUCCAGGCACAGUUUGCCCUGUUGCAAAGGUGCCUUCUUUGUGGGAGGCUUUGGUUAAAUCCGUGAGUGAUGCACAGCCAGUGAUUGGCUAAACCCAACUGGAUUCACUUCUUAUAUCAGGAAUAUAAAAGAUUAAGCAUUUGUGAAGCAAUCAAAAAAAAGGCUGAUGUUUGAUGGAUAUUUUUAAUAAUACAAAUCAAAGGCUUAAACCUAUUCAGCUUCUUGAAGUUGGCCAGCUAUGCCUCUGUUCUCCAGUGCUGUUUCUGCUGCUUCUUUCUCUACUCCCCAAACCUUUUCUAUCUCUUUUUUAGUUCUUACCCCAUUCUUUGCACAUGGUUUGUCUGUUGUGGAUCAUUUGUUUCCUCAAAGGCCAAAUAAAAAAGAUUGGCUUAUUGCCAUCAGUUUCAGCAAAGAACUUUAGAUCAAUAUGAAUAAAAAAACAACAAUAAAACAAAAAUAAAACAAAAAAAAACUUUUUUGUUCCUCGUUCCUCUGGAUU